AAAUCAUCAAGGGCCCCUUGUGAGAUGACCGGUGAUCAGGUCCUUCUCUUUGGCAAGCCCCUGAAUUUUCUGUGCAGUGCUUGUGUGUUUCAACAUGCUCCUGUGCUCGUGGCCGCUUCACAUAUCUGUUUAGCACUGGCCAGAGGUACCCCCAAUUAACACUACCACUUUUAGCAUGACACGCCGACUUGUUCGAGCGGGCGUGCAGCUCGCAAUCUUCGCGUCCUUUGUCACUCUCCUCGUCGUGGUUUUGGACAACCGAUUCCGCGUCCUCCCUGCCUCCAUCCAUGGCCACCUUCCGUCCCAUUACAACGGCCUCGUCGUCACCGAUGUGACAGUUGUCACCUGUUCGUCCGUGAAUGUCUUUUCCAGCUGCAAACCCAACCCACAGACGGCAUGGUCGCAGGUGGAGAAGGAUCUUUACCUCCGCACCGGCUGGACCUCGAGCGCUUUCGUCCGCUUCGAGCGCAAGAAAGAGGAGGAGCUCCUCGCCAGCGACCAAGUGGUCAUUGACCUCAAGAUCAGCCGACUCGUUCCAGAGUACUCAGAUAAGCCUGAGGACGAAAAGGAGACGUGGGAACAAAGACCCGGAGGCAUCUGGCUUAAGCGGACCGCCAAGCGGCAUGCGAGUGACUCGCAGAAGGCGAUCACGGCCGUCGAUGUUCUAUUCGGCGCGGAUGCCGUGGACCCUCGUAUUGGCUGGGAAGUGAAGGAUACCCCGCUGCUACUGGAUAGCCGGACGGAGACCCUGGAGGCCCGGAUUAGCGUUCGGAGGGGCGAUCCCGCCAAGACGAAGAAGCCAGUGCCUCGCAUCAAUGAGAACGGGCGGUUCAAGAUCAUGCAGCUCGCAGAUUUGCAUCUGAGUACGGGCCUCGGAGCGUGCCGAGACCCCGUGCCGGCGGAGUCGAUUCCGGGCCAGAAGUGCGAAGCUGAUCCCCGGACACUGGAGUUUGUGGAGCGGCUCCUGGACGAAGAGCAGCCGGACAUGGUCGUCUUGAGCGGAGAUCAGGUCAAUGGCGAGACAGCCAAGGAUGCGCAGAGCGCACUCUUCAAGUCUGUGAAGUUGCUGGUCGAUCGCAAGAUCCCCUACGCGGCUAUUUUCGGCAACCAUGACGAUGAGGGGGACCUUUCCCGACUGGAAUUAAUGACGAUACUGGAGGACCUGCCAUACUCACUCUCGAGGGCAGGGCCGGAGGAAGUGGACGGCGUUGGAAAUUAUUAUGUGGAGGUCUUGGGCCGUGGAAGCACUCAGCACUCGGCUCUGACUCUGUACUUGCUGGAUAGCCACUCCUACUCCCCUGAUGAGCGUCAAUUCCGCGGCUACGAUUGGAUCAAACCCACCCAAAUCCACUGGUUUAAGAACACUGCUCAUAGCUUGCGGAACAAGCACCACGAAUACACUCACAUGCACAUGAACAUGGCUUUCAUCCACAUUCCUGUGCCUGAGUACCGCGACUCUCGCAACUACUACCGUGGAAACUGGUCCGAAGCUCCAACAGCUCCGGGCUUCAACUCGGGCUUCAAGGACGCUAUGGAAGAAGAGGGCAUUCUAUUUGUGAGCUGUGGACAUGACCACGUCAACGACUACUGCAUGCUGAACCGUGAUCACGAAGAGAAGCCAUCCCUUUGGAUGUGCUAUGGAGGUGGAGUCGGGUUUGGCGGUUACGGAGGCUAUGGGGGCUACGUGCGACGGGUGCGGUUCUAUGACUUCGACAUGAACCCCGGUCGCGUUAUGACCUACAAGCGGCUUGAGCAUGGCGAGACCGAAGGCCGCAUCGACGAGAUGAUGAUCAUUGAUGGAGGUACGGUCAAGGGACCGGAUCCAGAACUUUAAGUCCAUUAAGAGGCUUCUUUUCUCUUCUUCUUUCAUUUCGCUUUUCAUUGACACAGGGCUCCAUUUAGCUCCACGGCUCGGCUUUUAUCUUCGAUCACAAACCGGAGUAAACUUUGACUUGUUUCUUUGUACUAUACCUAUACCUCUGUGUGAGCUCGGAACCGGCAGUUGCAGGCAUUGGCAGAAAGGAAGGGGGGUGUUGUUUUGCAGGGUUACCCUCCCAAAAGAUUGAUUUGCUAUUUUGAAUGCACCAUCGUUGUUAUCGGAUUUUUUUUUCUUUACUGAACUACAGCAGUUUUUUCUUUACUUUCUCGCAUACCAAUUUUACACCAU